AAGGGUAUAAACCCUAUGAGAGGGAAUAGGUGCAUUAUUUGUCUUGUUCAAACCCACAUUCCUUUGUGAAAAAAUCAUACACGAGCAUUCAAAUUUCAGACCCACACCCUUUGUAAGAUAACCAUAGAGAAGAGCAUUUGGAACAACAUUGGAUCAGGUGAGCUUCUUAAAAAAUGGGCAGAGACCAUUUUACUAAUAAUUUCACUGGGCAGUCCCACACUGCCCAUGUUUCCAAACAUAAAAUAUCACAUGUUAUAGGUAGGCAGUUAGGUAGGACAAUGGAAUUUCAGCUUCACCAGAUUGUUCCCAUAAGAUGCAUACUUACAGACCGAAUUCACAGAUUUAAUAGGGCACAUAUUUUCUAUGUCCAAUGGGAGGAUACAGCUGCAGCACAGACGAAAACAACAGGUUCAGUGCGCCCGUACCAUGGAUAGGAAUAUACAUAGCAGGGGCAUCAUUGAUAUGCCUGGGGGCAAUUGGAGCCGACACUGUAGAUGGCCUCCGCCACAGGAGGCUCUGGUUCCCUUGCAGGUUCUUCCCCAUCAAUUCCACCACUCUCACCCUGCUUUCCGUGGUUACCAAGCUGCCCCUGGACUUUUCAUCGCCCAUGCCGGCCGUUCAGGACCAGCUCACCAAACUAACAGGCACUGUCUUCAUCUGCAUCUUCAUGUCCUUCUCCAUGCCCUCCUUCGGCCUCAUGCAGGAUUCUGAGAUUCUGUCCAAUCUGGUGGCUCUCUUCAUCUUUGUCUUUACGGUUGUGGGAAACAUUUGUACCCAGCUGGUCACAGGGGUCAUCUACACUUUCAUGGCAGAGCACAUAGUUGUGUUACUCUGUAUGUUUUUUCUGCUUGGGCUCACCUGUUGCUCUGCCCUCGUGGUGGACACUACUAAUGACAUACUGAACAAUCAAUAUGACUGCAAGGUGCCCACCAGGUUAGAGAGAGCUCAGAUGGAGCAUAUAAAGGGGGAUGUGGCGAAAGUGUGGCUGAUGGCACACACCAGUAGUCCCCAAUAUGUCAUGGCGCGCUCCGCCAUGUCUAGUGCUGCAGGGGCUUUGACUUGUGUCUCUGUUUUGGUUCUUUUGCAGGCUGAGAUUCGCUCUUUCUUUACCCAUUUCUGCGAAGGGCAUUCUGAUUAUCAGUGGGCUAAUUGGCCCGUGGUUGUGUCUCAGACGGCUGUGGUCCUUGUGGGGAGUAUUGCCCCGGCCUUGAGAUGGUUCAAUGCCACUGGGUAUAGGAAAUCCGGCGGGUUUGGAAAUUGUAGAGAGGAAUUCGGCGUGGAGAAAUUCUGGGUGCAGAGAUUGGAGGAGUGGAAGGAUGAUCCCCUGCCUGAGUAUUGCUGGUAUUUGAAUCGCUCUGUGAAAAGGAGGCUUCACCUUUUCAGAAAUGCGGUCUUGGACAUCUGCAUAUCGUUUCAGAAAAUUGCACUUCGGGUCAGUAAAACUGUUCGACUUGCAUCGGCUUUGUUAGCAUUUUUAUAUAGGACUAUGCGUAACCUCUCUUGCACCAAGGGAGAAAGGGCAGUGAAUGAUAUCGGAUCCAGCCGAGACUUGAGGUUUCUGGAUUGGAGGAUUCAGGUGGGUUCUGUUUCUGAUUCAAGCCAAGGGACUACUGAGGGGGGUAUUCGAUUCAAUAAUUACGUAUUGCAUCUAGACGGGGAGGAUGACUUAGUGCUGUGGAUGUCGAGCAGUGGUCACAAGGACAUGGAUCGAUGGAUGGAAACAGGGAAGAAGGAAGAUUGUAGAGCAUUGCUACAGUUGUUGUCUAAGUCAAGUGUGUGCGAAGGAUUCAAGGGAAUGCGCCUGUUUGAGAAUGAAAAUGUUCCCUCCGUUCCUCCAUCCUCAGACAUCCCUCCCAACUGCUGGAUUCUACCUGCCAUCACACUCAUCACCCUUGCUAUUUCUCUUACUCGAUUUUAUGGAGAUCGAAAUGAAAUGAUGCUAAUGGGGUUUUCACAGAGUCUAAAACUUUUGAAUUUUGUUGAGAAUAAUUUGGACUUCAGAGGUUUGUUGAAUAUGAGGAAGGCAGCGGCAAUUGUGUGGUCAAGUAUAGAUCUCAAGAGAAAAUGGUUGGAUCAUGACCUUGCCAAUUUGCCUCUGAAUACUAGCACCUGCAGCACUCCAGCUGUAGAUGAUCCUAGUUUAGCAACAGCUCUUCGAAUAAUUGAAUGUCUAGCAGAAAUUGGGAAAAAGCAUGUCAUGGCCUUCCAAAAUGAAUUAGUGUCAAUGCACCCUAGACAAUGGCCUCCAGAGGCUUUGGCGGGAAGCAGUCUUUACAGAAUCAGCAAGACCAUACUUGAAUAUAAUCAAUUUGGCACUAUAGAAGAACUACUUCAGUGGAUAGAGAGGACCUUGGCAGAUGUUUUGGGUGCAUGUCUUACAAAUCUUCCAUUUGCAAUCUUCGUGGAAUACGUCAGUGGAAUGGUGACAGAGAGGGAAAAAAGAGUGAGAAAUGCAGUGUUUAUCUUGGGUAAAGCACAAAAUUUGGAGGAUGCUCUUCACUGGUCUUGUUUUGAGGAACCUGAUGACGAAAAUGCAAAUGUUGAUAGAUGGCGUUCAGGGGAGGCAGACCCUUUUAACUCAUAUCACCAUGAGAACUGCAAAAUCCUUGCUCAUAAGCAAGAAACAAGUCCAGUAGUAGAAUGAGAUCAGGCAGGAUUUUACGAGGCUGGAUGUUGUAACAAAAUCCAAGUACUAAAUUAUAUAUGCAUUUUUGGCCAGAUUUUCAAGGAAGAAAUCGGACACCAACCCCUUGAUGAUGUGAACAAACCUUUGAUUACAAGAAUUGGGUAUUUAAUACUUUUCCGUUAUAUGACUGCCAAGAUAUGGGUAUAUUAUUGGUAGCAUAAGUAAAAUUUAAAAGACAGAGAGUCCAGACUUUUCCGACUUUGAGUGGAAAGAAAUGUCUUUAUAAACUUUUAGGAUGAUAGGAAUUGAUGAGCAAGCAUCUUCUAACACUUCAUUUACCUCUUGAAUAAAGGAUCACAUGGAUUUUGCUCCAGCAUAACGAAGAACCGCUAAACAGAGAUAGGAUCAAGUGCUGAAUGUCAAAUCUUGAUAAGUAGCCCCAUCACCAAGUAUUGCCUGCGAAGAUAAUUUUUAUUCAGUUGUUAAGCUUCAAAUUUUGGGAAAAAUUAUGAGGGUACGAGCAGCAUGACAUUUGUGUGCCCUGCAUCAUGGCAACAACAUUUAGCAAUGUAUCCCUCUUCGUAACAGUAAUAAAAUUUUACCUUCAGGCCAUUGGAGUUUUUA